CUCGCCAGCCUUUCCACCGCUUCCUCCUCUGGAGAAGAAGAAACCCUGCCUGACCCCCCAACGCCGGAAUAAAGCUGUUCGGAGCUCCGGACAACAGCAGCACAGAGAUUGUUUGUAAUCCGGCGUCUCCAAGCCGGUGAGCAAGCUGAGGGGAGCAAGAGGGAUGGGGAGCGGAGCUGGGGAGAGGGGCUGGGCUGAGAGGCGGCCAGUGCUCUUUCCGUUCCUGCUGUCUUUGUUCUGCCUGGCGCUCUCUGAGCAGAUCCGCUACAGGAUUCCCGAGGAGAUGCCAGAGGGCUCGGUGGUGGGGAACCUCGCCAAGGACCUGAGACUCAGUGUCCACGAGUUACCGACUCGGAAACUGCGGGUCAGUUCGGAGAAGCCUUACUUCACUGUGCGCUCAGAGAGCGGGGAGUUACUUGUUAGCAGCAGGCUAGACCGGGAGCAGAUAUGCGGGAAGAAGCCAGCUUGUGCUCUAGAAUUUGAGGCUGUUGCUGAAAAUCCAUUGAACUUUUAUCACGUGAAUGUGGAGAUCGAGGAUGUUAAUGACCACACACCAAAAUUCACGCAAAAUUCCUUUGAGCUGCAAAUAAGUGAGUCUACGCUGCCAGGCACGCGAUUUAUAUUAGAAGUCGCAGAAGAUGCAGAUAUUGGCUUAAACUCUCUGCAGACUUAUAAACUCUCUCUUAGCCCUAGUUUCUCGUUGAUAAAUAAGGAGAAACAAGACGGUAGUAAAUACCCAGAACUGGUAUUGGAGAAACCCUUAGAUCGGGAACAACAGGGUUAUCAUCGUUUAAUCUUGACGGCCUCAGACCGCGGAGAUCCACCCCUAAACGGCACUACUGAGCUCCGGAUCCAGGUCACUGAUGCCAAUGAUAACCCCCCGGUAUUUAGCCAGGACGUAUAUCGAGUCAGCCUUGGAGAAAACGUGCCCCCAGGCACCACUGUGUUGCAGGUGUCAGCCACCGACCAGGACGAGGGCGUCAACUCAGAGAUCAUCUACUCCUUUCACAAUGUGGAUGAACAAGUGGAACAAUUUUUUAACUUAGACAGAAGAACAGGAGAAAUCACGACAAAGGAUGAUUUUGAUUUUGAAAUCGCUAGUAGUUACACUCUCACUAUAGAAGCGAAAGAUCCUGGAGAUCUAGCAGCCCAUUGCAGUGUCCAAGUCGACAUUCUCGAUGAGAAUGAUUGUGCACCGGAAGUGAUUGUGACUUCAAUAUUUACUCCCCUACCAGAGGAUUCACCACCAGGAACAGUGAUCGCCUUGAUAAAAACAAGAGAUAGAGACUCUGGAGAAAAUGGAGAAGUUUACUGCCAAAUCUUAGGAAAGGCCGAGUUUAUAUUGAAAUCUUACUCGAAGAACUAUUACAAGCUAGUGACAGACAGGACCCUGGACCGGGAGGAGAUCCCAGAAUACAACAUCACUAUAAUGGCCACCGACAGAGGCAAGCAGCCCCUCUCCUCUAGUAUAAGCUUCACUCUGCGCCUCGCAGAUGUCAACGACAACGCUCCAGUUUUCCACCAGGCCUCCUACGUGGUCCACGUGGCAGAAAACAACCCGCCGGGCGCCUCCAUCGCCCAAGUUAGCGCUUCAGAUCCAGACCUGGGGCCCAACGGCCACGUCUCCUACUCCAUCGUGGCCAGCGACCUGGAGCCGCGCGCGCUGUCGUCCUACGUGUCCGUGAGCGCACAGAGCGGCGUGGUGUUCGCGCAGCGCGCCUUCGACCACGAGCAGCUGCGCGCCUUCGAGCUGACGCUGCAGGCCCGCGACCACGGCUCGCCCGCGCUCAGCGCCAACGUGAGCCUGCGCGUGCUGGUGGGCGACCGCAACGACAACGCGCCCAGGGUGCUGUACCCGGCGCUGGGGCCCGACGGCUCGGCGCUCUUCGACACGGUGCCGCGCGCCGCGCAGCCCGGCUACCUGGUCACCAAGGUGGUGGCGGUGGACGCCGACUCUGGACACAACGCCUGGCUGUCCUACCACGUGCUGAUCAUGGCGACGCCUCUCUCGUCUUAUGUCUCCAUCAACUCUGACACUGGCGUCCUAUAUGCGCUGUGCUCCUUUGACUAUGAGCAGAUCCAAGACUUGCAGCUACUGGUGACAGCCAGUGACAGUGGGGACCCUCCACUCAGCAGCAAUGUGUCACUGAGCCUGUUCAUCCUGGACCAGAACGACAAUGUGCCAGAGAUCCUAUACCCCAUGCUUCCCACCGAUGGCUCCAUGGGCGUGGAGUUGGCACCCCGCUCUGCAGAGCCUGGCUACCUGGUGACCAAGGUGGUGGCUGUGGACAGAGACUCAGGCCAGAACGCCUGGCUGUCCUACCACCUGCUCAAGGCCAGCGAGCCGGGACUCUUCGCGGUGGGGCUGCACACGGGCGAGGUGCGCACAGCGCGGGCCCUGCUGGACAGAGACACGCUCAAGCAGAGCCUGGUUGUGGCGGUCCAGGACCAUGGCCAGCCCCCUCUCUCUGCCACCGUCACACUCACCGUGGCAGUGGCCAGCAGCAUCCCAGAAGUCCUUGCCGACCUGGGGAGCAUGAGGACCCCCACCAACUCUGACGAUUCAGACCUCACACUAUACCUGGUGGUGGCGGUGGCCGUUGUUUCCUGCAUCUUCCUCGCCUUUGUCAUUGUGCUGCUGGCUCUCAGACUGUGGCGGUGGCACAAGUCGAGUCUUAUCCAGUCUUCGGGCGUCGGGUUGGCAGGCCUGCCAGCCUCAGGCUUUGUGGGCAUGGAGGGAGUACAGGCUUUCCUGAAGACCUAUUCCCAUGAGGUCUCCCUUACCUCUGAUUUGCGGGGGAGUCACAUGAUCUUUCCCCAGCCCAACUAUGCGGACACGCUCAUCAGCCAAGAGAGCUGUGAGAAAAAUGAUUCCUUGUUAGCAUCCAGAGAUUUUCAUGAAUGUAGGGAUGAAGCUGCUUCUGUUCAGCAAGCCCCGCCCAACACGGACUGGCGUUUCUCCCAGGCCCAGAGACCCGGCACCAGCGGAUCCCAAAAUGGCGAUGAAACCGGCACCUGGCCCAACAACCAGUUUGACACAGAGAUGCUGCAAGCCAUGAUCUUGGCCUCCGCCAGUGAAGCCGCUGAUGGGAGCUCCACCCUGGGAGGGGGUGCCGGCACCAUGGGCUUGAGUGCCCGCUACGGACCCCAGUUCACCCUGCAGCACGUGCCCGACUACCGCCAGAACGUCUACAUCCCCGGCAGCAAUGCCACUCUGACCAACGCAGCUGGCAAGCGAGAUGGCAAGGCCCCGGCAGGUGGCAACGGCAGCAAGAAGAAGUCGGGCAAGAAGGAGAAGAAGUAAUGCGGAGGCCAGGCCUUGGAGCCACAGGGCAGCCUCCCUCCCCAACCAGCCCAGCCUCUCCCUAGCUGUGCCCAGGCCUCGGAUUUUCAGGGCUCACUCCCAGGAUACUGGUAGGGGCCCAGGCCAUGCUCCCCUUGGGAAACAGAAACAAGUGCCCAGUCAACACCCCUCCCCUGCCCCCAGGGGAUUGAAUAUGCAAAGGGAGUUCUGCUGGGAACCCCCAUCCAAUCAGUUGCUGUGCCCAUGGGGGUAGUGGGUUAGUGUAGACACCAUUUAUCACACCCCCUUCAGUUACAGCUGAACUCCUCCAUCUUCCAAAUUCAAUCAGGCCCAUCCAUCCCCUGCCUCCCUCCUACCCGACCCACCCCGCCCUCCUCCUCAACAGCUCCUCUUUCUUAAGUUGUUUGGGGGUGUUGAGGUACCUGGUGACCUAAAAAGGCUCAUAGUUCUGAAGAGUUGGAAGGGCAUCAUGACCUCUUGGCCUCUCCUUCAAUUCUCAAACUUCCCCCAAAGCAUGGUUUGGUGCCAAUCCCUUCACCUCCUUCCAGGACCUGAGACCAAGCUCAAGUUUGGGGAGAUACGGUCACCAUUCCCAUGGUACUGAUGCUUGCUGGAUUUAGGGAGGGCAUUUUGCUACCAUGCCUCUUCCCAACACCCUGGGGACCAGUCUUUUGUUUUUCAUUGUUUGAUGUUCCCACUGCAUGCUGUGACUUCCCCCUCCCCAAACAAGAGACUUCACUGCAUGUUCUAAGACAGUAUGGGGUGGUAAGAUAAAGAAGGGAAGGGCGCGCGCGUGCGUGCGUGCGUGCGUGCGUGUGUGUGUGUGUGUGUGUGUGUGUAUGUGUAUGGGGGGAUGGACAAAGCUUGAUCCAUCAGUUAGCAGGGUCUUGCAGCAGGCUCUGUAUGCCCCCUGGGUACUGACCAGAUCCCCAAAUUCCAGCCAUAAGCCAAGCACCAGGCUGGACCCUCAUCUAUCAUAUACAGGGCAGCCCAGGCAGCCAGCGGUGGGCUGAGCUAUGGGCACCAAUGGAUUUAAACUGGCAUUAUGGUCCAAGGAAGCUCCGAGCAGGUUUGGGACCAGGUCCCCUGGAGAGGUCAGAGGGGCCUCUGUGGGUGCUGGGUACUCCAGAGGUGCUGCUGGUGGAAGGAUCAGUGUGGCCCCAGCAGGAAGGGUGGGCCAGCUAGACCAUUUUUGGUCCCUGGGUUGGGAAGGAAAGGAGCUAGAGCAGGGACCAAGUGGAAAGUGUCAGCCCAGGACCAGGGCUUCUCCACAGGGCCCCUGCAAACGGCAGCCCCAGUCCUUCACCUUGCCAGGUGCCAUUUCUUCUCUGUGAAGGCCACUGCCCAGGCCCCUAGUCCGCUCCCUCGUGGCCAGAGCCUGGUUAAAGUCCCCCAGUGCCUCCUUGUGCAUAGACCUUCCUCUGCCCACCCCUUCUGCCCCCGGGGUCCCGUUCACGCAGCGGGGCUUCGCGAGAACCCCACCCCGGCCCUUGCAGUGGUGUAGAGCCCUCCCCCUCUUUCGGCUGGUGUAGAAUAGCCAAUAGUGUAGUGCGGCGUGCUUUUCCGUAAUGGCGAGUGGGCCGCGGGCGGCGGGCUCCGCGCAGCCGUCUGUCCCCGAAUCUGCCUGCGGCGGCCCGUGCUGUGUUUUGUGCUGUGUCCACGCGCUGCGGCGACCCCCUCCCGCGUCCUGACUCCUCUAAGCGCUUCUCUUUGCAUAGUCACGUAGCUCCCCACCCCACCCCCUUCCUGUGUCUCACGCAAGUUUUAUACUCUAAUAUUUAUAUGGCUUUUUUUCUUUGAAAAAAAUU